CGUAUUUUUGUGCCAUCGUACAGCUCCGAGAUCUUUUUCCUUUUCAUUCCCCUUUCUCAGAGAAAUCUCGGUCCUCUGCACCCUCAGCCUGAGCUAUACCUACAAACCCUAGCGACAAAAGCUUCAAGCUCUGCCCACAAAUAGCAGAUCUCCACGUGCUUUUUUGCAGCACUAGAAGUUUCUUAUGAUUUUGAAGAUUGAGAACUUAUAAGAGAAGAUUCAUAGGGCGAGGAGAGAGUUUCUGUGGUCUAUUGUAAAAUUCUUGUGUCUCAGUGAAUUGAGGCUUGAAACUGUUCGUUUGAUUUAGUUGAGAAUUAUGGGCUAUAGAAAGGAAAUAUGGGAGGUAAAUAUUUGUAAGUAAUAUUGCUUGAAGAAGGGAUGCAAGUUUUAUCAAAAGUGGGUUACGUAUGUUUCGGCAUUUGGGAUGGUUCAUCGGUCCGAAUUAUAAGAGUUGGUCAACAAAGAGCUUGCCUGAUGCAAAGCCACGCCUGGCUAGGGUUAAGCCGGUGACUAUGUUGGAUACUGUACAGGAAAUUGCCAUUUACAUUCAUAGGUUUCACAAUCUUGACCUUUUCCAACAAGGAUGGUAUCAAAUUAAGAUUAGCAUCAGAUGGGAAGACAGUGAUUAUACUUCUUUGGGAACUCCAGCGAGAGUUGUUCAAUACGAAGCUCCUGAUCUGGGUUCUGACGAUAUAUAUGGAGUAUGGAGGAUUGAUGACACAGACAACAGUUUCUCAACACAGCCUUUCCGGAUCAAGUAUGCAAGGCAGGAUGUUCUUUUAUCAAUCUUGAUCUCAUUCAAUCUAUCUCUUGGUGGACAUGAGGGUCCACCCACAUCUGCAGUUAUAUUGAAGUUUGAGCUUAUGUAUGUUCCAGCAAUGGAAAAAGGGUCUGAGAUGCUGGCUUUUCUUGAUGCUAUCCCUGCUGCUGUGCAUGAAUUUCGAAUUCCUCCUAAAGCUCUUCUAGGGUUGCAUUCUUAUUGCCCUGUUCAUUUUGAUGCUUUCCAUGCUGUGCUUGUUGAUGUAAGCAUACACACCAGUCUACUGAAAUAUGGUUCUUCCACGUCCCCACUGAAGGUACCCAGUGAUUCCUGCACUGCUAAAGAUGAUGUUGGUGACAGUUUUGUUGGGUCCAAUCAAGCAUUGGGUCAGGUGGCUUCUGUAGAUUUAAAACAGGUCAUGCUUGUUAAAGCAUUAUUAACUGCUCGUGACACUUUGCUUGAAGAGCUACUAACACUUAGCCGAGCAAUUGGCAGACCUAUUGAUUUGACUGAUUUUAUAUCCAAAAUGGAUGAUAUGAAGUUGUUUGAUUCUGUUGUGCGAGCAAAUCCGGGUGCUGUAGAUGGAGAAGUUUCAGGACAAGGCAAGCCACAAAAUGGUUUUGAGAAAGCAAAUGGUACUCUAGAUUUUCGGAGUGAGCAAUUGCUUCGCUGCUUAUCAAGGGGUGAUUUAUUGAACUCUUUUCAUUCAUUGGGCGAUCAAAUAUCAUAUUUAUGGAACACUUUUCUGAAGUUCCACAGGGCUAAUGAAAGGAAAAUAUUGGAAUUUCUGCGUGAUGCAUGGGCUAAGGAUCGGAGAGCUGAAUGGUCAAUAUGGAUGGUAUACUCCAAGGUUGAGAUGCCUCAUCACUAUAUAAAUAGUGGAGGCGAUGAGUCUUCCCCCCAUGGUGUACAUAAAAGAGUUUCAAGUUUGUGGAAAUUAACUGAUGAUCCUGCCCAGGCUGCAGCUAUGCGUGCUGUGCGUCAUAGGCGAAGCAUUUCACAGAUGAAUAUCAACAAUCGCUCAAUUCAAGACAUGCACAUAUUUGGAAAUCCUUCAAAUAUUCCUAUUGUAAUUGUAGAACGUGUGAUGAAUGCUCCACGCCGCAGUACUAGUGAAAAUUCGUACUUGAGACAUUUGGACAUGAUAGAUUCCCUCGACUCAGUCACUGAACCCAGCUCUGCAGCUGUGAACAAUCAAUCUGGUCCUAGCCGACAACAAGGUGGUCGUGUUUUGAAGAUUGUUGUCUUUGUGCAUGGGUUUCAGGGGCAUCACCUGGAUUUACGGCUUGUUCGUAAUCAGUGGCUUCUGAUAGAUCCAAAGACGGAGUUUCUUAUGUCAGAGGCAAAUGAAGACAAAACAACUGAUGAUUUCAGAGAAAUGGGACUGAGGCUGGCUCAGGAAGUAGUUUCUUUCGUUAAAAAGAAAAUGGAUAAAGUUUCAAGAUCUGGAGCCUUAGGAGACAUUAAGCUUAGUUUUGUGGGACAUUCUAUUGGCAACAUCAUUGUAAGAACAGCAUUAGCAGAGAGCAUUAUGGAGCCUUUCCUAAAUUACCUCUAUACGUAUGUUUCUAUAUCUGGUCCGCACUUGGGGUAUCUUUAUAGUUCGAACUCUUUAUUUAACUCUGGGCUGUGGCUCUUGAAAAAGCUCAAGGGCACACAAUGCAUUCAUCAGCUUACUUUCACGGAUAAUCCAGAUCUCCAAAAUACAUUCUUCUACAAACUGUGUAAGCAAAAAACACUAGCGAGAUUCAGGCAUAUAAUCCUGUUAUCUUCACCCCAGGACGGUUAUGUCCCGUACCAUUCAGCCAGAAUUGAAUCCUGUCAAGCAGCUUCCUGGGACUCCUCAAAAAAAUGCAAGGUAUUUCUGGAGAUGCUAAAUAAUUGCUUGGACCAAAUGCGAACCCCUUCUUCUGAGCAACGAGUGUUGAUGCGCUGUGAUGUCAACUUUGAUAUGUCCUCCUAUGGCAAGAACUUGAACACAUUCAUCGGACGCGCUGCCCAUAUCGAGUUUUUGGAGUCCGACAUUUUUGCGAGGUUCAUACUGUGGUCCUUCCCGGAAUUAUUUCGUUGAUGGGUGUGGAAGCCUUCUUCUGUAGCCUCUCUUCGGUGGGGGAUUCUCACAUUUUGUCUUUCAGCAUCAGGACCAAGAAUGGUGGGUAUAUCUUGGGGUCAGAUGUCAUUCAUUAUGACAGCCAUGUCCUUGUAUAUGAUGGCAUGAUGGGCAGGCGUAUAUAGCCACUGGCUAUUGUGAAUAAUUGGGUUGAAGCAGGUCCCACGAGAAGGAAAGCUGAAUGUGAAUCAUGGUGUGCUUCCAAAGAGGCCUUGGGAUAUAGGUGAAUACUUCAAACCGCCAAGUGAAUGUUAAGGUAGACCGUUUGUUUAGUUAUUCUGACUGUUCCAAGAAAUAGUGAUGUAAUUAUGUUUAGAAGAGGUAGAUUCAUGUCGUUUUAUAGGUGAACAAGAGGCGGCACAACUGGUCUGCAAUAAUAAUGUUUGGUAUAUUACCCUUCUAUUGUUCAUUA